GUAGUAUGCACUGAAGGCUUAGUACUGCCUCCAAUCAUAGUGCGCUUCUCUGAAGAUUUUAUUUUGAAAAUCUCAUCCGGAUGUCUUUUUUUUUUUUUUAAACAAACAAAAAACAAAAAACAAACCCUUUCUAACUUGACGCUGUCCAGACGCGCGCACUGAAAUGCACAGUGCACAGUUGUUCGUGAUGAGCCAGCGUAGGUAGGCUACCCUGAGAGGAGCAGAGGGGACCAGCGGCUCCAGGACGUUUGUAUUGCGGGCUCUGCUUGUAAAUCACACCGCUCCUCCACCUGCACUGUAGUAUGACAACUGCGCAUCCAGUUUUGGGUGUGACAAACAUCUUGUGUAUAAGAUUUGAGGAUCUUUCCCGCCUGAGUGGACGCGCGGACGCCUUGUCUUAAUUAUAUCUUCAUCAUUUCACUUGCUGAUGUGUUUUGGACGUUUCCAGAUCCAGAUGUCUUGGACACGCACACAUAAGGGGCUGCAGACGUAAAGUGAUUUAUUUGCUGAUGUAGUGCUGGUCGGGGGCUGAAGUUGAAGUCUUGCUCUUGAAGGCGUCAGCUCCAAAUGCAUUCGCUCCUGGGCCGGGAGAAGAAAGAAGAAGAAGCCGGGUUUGGGAUCGAUCUGGGUCUGUCUGCGGGCUUUUUGCCCCAAGCUGCCACCAUGUUCAGUUGUGUGGGCUGCUUCUGGGUGCUCCUCUCCUCCGCUCUGGUCGCCGUGUGCAGUUUCAGCUUCAUAUCUCCUGCCUGGAUUGUUAAAGACCAGCUGAGGAACAACCAGCACCAGCACCACCACAACAACAAGGACUCCGUGAGCUUCGGUUUGCUGUGGCACUGCUCGGAGUCCGUGGAUCAUAUGUACCGAUGCUACACCUUCGGGGGACUGGGCAAAUUUGCAGAGAUCCCCUCCAGCUCCUGGCAGACCAGUGCAGUGCUGUGUUCAGGAGGCUGUGCUUUGCUGGCUGCCAGCUCCCUGUUGGCCAUCAUCACCAUCUUCCUGCCCAGUGGAGGAUGUGAGAGGAGGAUCUGCACCCUGGCUGGAUACAUGCAGAUGGCUGCAGUGUUCAUCAUGGCUGCUGGACUGCUGGUCUACCCCUUUGGCCUAAACUCGUCACUGGUCAGGUCCUUCUGUGGCAACUCUGACAUUUACUAUGCUGGCGACUGUCAGAUUGGCUGGGGCUACAUGCUGGCUAUUGUUGGCGUCAUGCUUACCAUCUUCUUGCCCUUUUUUGCCAAAUAUGCACCGCAGGAGCAGCUGUCCCCCACCCCUUUACCCACAUUGUUAUAGUGCACUGAAAUAAAGUCUUAUUUUUUCCUUCCCGACCACUCUCUCUAAUCUCGGCUUGAUGUGACAGAGAGACACCUGCAUCCUGUUUUUAAAGAUGAUGAGAAGCCCCACACAGUGAUAACUGAAGCUGACACUCAACAACAAAGUCUUCCCGUAUCUGUUACAAAAUUAAUUUAACUCAAUUAAUUUACAUGGAAUGUUUUGUGUUACAAUAAAACUAGGUGGUUGUAGUUGUUACCUUCAAUCUCUGAGGUUUCCAUACAGUAGUUUAACCUGCCUGUUUUCUUCAUGUCAGCUCUGGAGAUGAUGCAGUCAAACACAACUAAUCAAAUGAUUUUAUAUGAUUUAAGAAAAUGGCCACAGUACUUGCUAAAGUUGUUCCCUUCCUUUGUUUUGUAGAAACAACACACAGUAUGUAACAUUCCAAAACAGACUGGAAGCCGCAUAAAGAGAGGAUGCAUGCAAUGAUGUGGCAGUAGCCUAUGACUCAACCAAUCAAAUAAUGUUUCAUUAAGAGAUGCUGAACAACAUAAGACUCAAAGUCAGAGAAGCUUUGAAUGGUUGAACUGCAUCUUGUGAUGAUGUAUUGUGCUGAGGAAUUUGAACUGUACAUAUGGUUUGGAUUUAAUAGAGCUGAAGUCUGACAUUUGAAAAUGACAUGAUUAAAGAGAACUGGUGCGCUGAAUGAUUUUUGCUCUUCAGACUUCUGUGUCCCAUUCUUGUGAACAGGCAGUCACAGUUGUGUGCUUUUAGUAACUGUCACAAAGAAAAGGAAAAUAAACAACCCACCAGAUCUGCCAUGGCAAUAACAGGAACUCUCUUCUUAGAGUAAGGGAGUGAGUGAAUCAUAAUAGGUGGUUUCAGAGCAGUGUUGUCAAAAGUUUUAUGU